AUGGUCCUCAAACUCUCCUUUGCGUGCUGGGAUUACGACCGGAUGAAGGCCAUUGAAGAUGGCAGAGUGCAAGCAGAAGGCAUUGAGCUCACAUUUCUCAAUUACCGGGUCGAGGAGACCUUCUUCCGCCAACUUCGAUUCCAGGAAUUCGACCUGUCUGAGCUCUCCUUGUCCUCUUAUGUUCUGACCUUGAACCAAGAGAGCCCCCCCUUUAUUGCCCUACCAGUCUUUCCUUCGCGCUUCUUCCGGCACCAGUCGAUAUAUAUCAACUCCAAAGCCGGCAUCAAGAGACCGGAGGAUCUGCGUGGGAAACGCAUUGGAACUCCGGAGUAUCAAAUGACAGCAGCAGUCUGGCAACGAGGCAUCCUGGCUGAAGACUUUGGGGUCCCUCUCUCCAGUGUGCACUUCUACACUGGUGCCAUUGAGCCAUCGGACAAGCCGCGGCGUUCCAAGGUCUCGCACAGCUACCCUGCCGACAUCAAAGUGACGGCAAUCCAGCCUGGCCAAAGCCUGUCACAGAUGCUUGCCGAUGGCGAGCUCGACGCCAUCUUCAGCGCCACAAAACCCUCCUCGUUCGACACAUCACCGCAGACUGUAACGCGGCUGUUUGACGACUUCAAAGCUGUCGAAGCGGAGUACUAUGCACGAACCAAGAUAUUCCCGAUCAUGCACGUCGUGGCUCUGAAACGCAGUGUGUAUGAGGCUAAUCCGUGGAUCGCAAAGAGCCUUACGAAAGCCUUUGCCAGAAGCCUAGAGAUGGCCUAUGAGCCCUUGAAGGAGCGAGCGGCGUUGCGGUACAUUCUACCGUGGUUAGAAGACCAUGUGGAGGAGACAAAGAGGCUAUUUGGUGGAGAUGAUCGCUGGUGGAAAGAUGGCUUCGAGGCGAGUAAGCAUGUGUUGGACAAGUUCUUACAGUACUCCUUUGACCAGGGGCUGGCAAAGAAGAGGUUCAAACCUGAGGACCUGUUUACCCCGAGCACGCUCGAGGACUAUGUACUAUGA